AUGUUCAGGGUGGCGCGGCCCUGGACCAGGCAUCCCCCUCGUCCGAUACGAGCCUUCUCCUCCACCCGCGACGUGGAUGUCAUCGUGGUGGGCGGGGGCCACGCAGGGUGCGAGGCUGCGGCCGCUGCCGCUCGGCGGGGUGCCCGCACCCUGCUCAUCACCCCCUCCCCCUCCGCCACAAUCGGGGAGAUGAGCUGCAACCCCAGCAUCGGGGGCCUGGCCAAGGGCACCCUGGUCCGGGAGGUCGACGCCCUGGAUGGGCUCAUGGGCCGUGUGGCGGAUGAGGCUGGCAUCCAGUUCCGCAUGCUGAACGCGAGCAAGGGCCCCGCCGUCCGAGGCCCCCGCGCCCAGAUGGACCGCGCGCUGUACAAGGCGGCGAUGCAGGCGGCGCUGGCCGCCGUCCCCGGCCUGCAGGUGCUGGACGCCUCGGUGGUGGACCUGACCUUUGCGCGCCUGGGCUUCAGCCUGGGCAGGCUCAAGACGGGCACGCCGCCGCGCCUGGACGGCCGCACCAUCGACUAUGGCGUGUGCGAGCCUCAGCCGGGCGACGCCGCGCCCACGCCCUUCAGCUUCCUGAACAUGGAGGCCGGGGACUGGGCGCCGCGCCAGCCCCAGACCAAGUUCUCGCGCUUCCCCGGCCGCGCGCACCACGUGUGGCUGGAGCCGGAGGGCCUGGGCACGGCCGUGGUCUACCCCAACGGCAUCUCCAACUCCAUGGAGGUGGCCGACCAGGCGCGCAUGCUGGCCACCAUACCGGGGCUGGAGCGCGCGGUCAUGCUGCAGCCCGCCUACGCGGUGGAGUACGACUACGUGGACCCGCGCCAGCUGCUGCCCAGCCUGGAGAGCCGGCGCGCGGCGGGGCUGUGGCUGGCGGGCCAGAUCAACGGCACCACGGGGUACGAGGAGGCGGCGGCCCAGGGACUGCUGGCGGGGGCCAACGCCGCCGCGCCGGGCGACCCGCUGGCGCUGUCGCGCUCCGACAGCUACCUGGGCGUGCUGGCCGACGACCUGGCCGCGGAGGUGGCGGAGAUGGCGCGGGACGAGGCGCUGCACCUGCCCCCGGACCUGGACUACGCGGCCAUGCCGCUGUCGUCGGAGGAUGUGGAGAAGCUGAGCACGGUGAGGCCCACCUGCCUGGCCGCGGCCCGUCGCAUCCCGGGCGUCACCCCGGCGGCCAUCGUGCUCCUGCUGCAGCACGUCCGGCGGCGCCAGAAGGCCAGGGCGGCCGUGGAGGCGCUGGGCACCGAGGCGGGGCGAGAGCUGGCAGACCGGCGAGCCCAGAGGGCGGCGACGGUCUGA